GUAGUUGUGAGCUCAGCGACGAUAACCGGGGUAAUCCGCACCGAGUGACGUUAGUUCCCCCCGCAUCCCGUCUCCUCAUCCCACUUUUCCCUUCUCUCUUCUCCUUUUUCUCCACGUUCAACAAUUCCCUACUCAUACCCAAUUCAGGGUCCAUUCGAAGAAAAAAAGAGAACAAAACUACAAACUACAAACUACAACCAACCUACAAUCCACCAUGGCAACCAUCCGCGUCAUCGGCUCCCUCAACGCCGACAUGGUCUCCGUAACCCCGCGCUUCCCCGACCCCGGCGAAACAAUCACCUCCACCUCCUACUUCACCAGCGCCGGUGGCAAAGGCGCCAACCAAGCCGUCGCCUGCGGCCGCGUCUCCCGUCCCCAAUCCUCCUCCACCUCCAUCUCAUCCAAAAUCCCCGUGAAAGUGGAAAUGGUCGGCGCGGUGGGCGGUCUCGACGGCCACUUCAACAGCCUGCUCAAGCCCACCCUCGAGAAAUCCGGCAUCGACACGUCCCGCGUGCGCGUCAUCCCAGACGCCUACACCGGCGUGGCCGUCAUCGUCGUCGACAGCUCUGCCCACGGCGAAAACCGCAUCCUGUUCUCCCCCGGCGCGAACUACACGGGGAUGCAGCCUGUGCCGGACGUGCUGGGGUCAGCGCUGGCGGCGCCCGUGCCGGACGUGAUUGUCAUGCAGGGCGAGAUCCCCAUCGACACGGUGGUGGGGAUCCUGCGCGAUCUGGCUGCUUAUAAGAGUGCGCGACGCGCGGAGGGGAAGCAGGGCGUGGAGGUCGGGCCCGACGUCAUGUUUAACCCUGCUCCGGCGCCGCCGGGCGGGUUGCCCGAGGAUGCGUGGAAGGCGGUGGAUCACCUGGUGAUGAACGAGACGGAGGCGGAGCUGAUGACGCCUGCGGAGGAGACGCUUGCUGUGGCUGUGCCGGGGGCGGCGGCGCUCGAGGGCAAGGAGAAGGUGGCGCGUUAUUUCCACCAGUUGGGCGUGCGCUAUGUGCUUAUUACGCUGGGGGCUCAGGGCGUGUGGUACAGUGCGGCGGAUGCGGGGUUUGCUGGGGAGGCGGAUGGGGCGGGUCGGUUCGUGAAGCAGUUGCCGGCGGCGCCGGUGAGUCGGGUGCUGGAUACGACGGCCGCGGGGGAUACGUUUGUGGGGGCGUAUGCGGCGGAGGUGGCGAGGUGGCGUGAGGAGAGACGUCUGGCGGGAUUGGGCGGACGGGAGCUCACGGCGGAGGAGAAGAGCGAUCGGUAUGGACGGUUUAUGGAGAUGACGAUGGGGGUGUCGGCGCGGGCGGCGGCGCGGUGUGUGGAGCGACAGGGGGCGAUGGAUAGCAUUCCGUGGGAGGAUGAAAUUUGAGAAGGGGAGUAAAAAAGGGAAGACGCGUUGUAUAAUAGAUAUAGAUGGAUUGAAUGAUGAUAUAGUUAUGGGA